AGCAGUGGCUCUGGGUAGAGAAACGGCCAAGGGGAAUCCCUCGCGGGAUUGCUUCACUUUUGGGCAGUCCUUCCAGGAGAUGAAAUGAUGCUAUUGCACUUGACUAGCCGGACGCCAACCGGCCAUACUCCGAUGCGGCACGAUGCACCUUCUCGCAUCCCACAUACCGCUGACAUGUGCUUAUCUCUCCUUUCAUCCCCCUCUGCCUGCUCGAUGUGCGGUUCGGCCCUGGACCCAAGGCUCCCAACAACUCUUAAUCCCGAAAACGCAACCACGACGUCGAAGCAUUAUUCCCGUACGGACGCCACAUCGAGAGCCGUUGAAACAAGAUCGACGCAGCAACGCCACUUACGGCUCUUCGACGCGGGUGAGGAGGCCUCCACGACGCUUAGCUCACCCCGGUGCGGGUUCCCCAGAUCACGCACCAAAUUUCCACCAAUGGAACAGCCGCAGCCAGCGUCUCGCUCUGUGAUACCCCGGCAUCAAGGGCCAUCGUCUCUAUAGCCUGGAAAAACAGUUGGAAGCCAAGGCUGCACAUCGGCCUGCCGAAUUAGCCACCGCGGGAGACUCGCAGCUCGGGAAGAGCCAUCGGAGCAAUAGCUCUAGCGGGCACCGUU